AUGACAUCUAUGGUUGCUCCUUCACAUAAAGUGAAAACCAAAGGUGCCCAGAAGACUAAAUUUGUACGUCAAGAGAGGUCUACGAAACGUGACCCAUCAUAUUUUGAGCACGUUGACACUUUUCAUUCAAGGACAGAGCCUUCAUCACAAAAAUCACAAGUCAAAUCGAAGCCAAAAGAAGUUGUGCGAAGACCGGUACCGAUGUUAAAUCAAUUUCAUCUGAUUUGUCAUCCAUACAUUGUCGAUGUUGUUGAUGUUGUUGCCGAUGGUCAUUGCGGUUAUCGAUGCAUUGCUGCUUUGUUGGGUCUAGGUGAAGAGGCAUGGCCUGUUAUACGACAUGACCUUUAUCAAGAACUAACUCAGUGGCAUGAUGAAUACGCAAAAUUAGUAGGAAGCUAUGAUUGA